UCGCGAGACUGACAUUAUCACGAAUAGUGGAUUUCACCGGAUGGAAUCUCGGAAAACUGUCGUGUUUUUCUUCGGAAGCAUUUAAACGAAACACUCGAUUGAAAAUCGUGCCGAAAUCUAACGAAGCUUGGAUUUUGUCUUACUGGAGCACAGAGUAGCAGGCUGUUGUCAUGGCCAAGCUGCAGGGCUUUGACUUCUGGCGGACCACUCUAAAGGGGGCUCGUUACGUGGUUGCACCCAUGGUGGACCAGAGCGAGCUGGCUUGGCGCCUCCUCAGCCGUCGCCAUGGCGCCCAGCUUUGCUACACGCCCAUGCUGCACGCGCAGGUGUUUGUGCGCGACGCUAAUUACCGGAAGGACAACCUGUACAAUGAGGUGUGCCCGGAAGACAGGCCCCUCAUUACCCAGUUCUGUGCCAACGACCCGGAGGUGUUUGUGCAGGCAGCCCUGCUGGCCCAGGACUACUGUGACGCCAUUGACCUCAACUUGGGCUGUCCUCAGAUGAUUGCCAAAAGAGGCCACUAUGGAGUUUUCCUUCAAGAUGAAUGGGAGCUGCUGGAGAAGAUGGUGAAGCUGGCCAAUGAGAAGGUGUCUGUGCCCAUCACCUGUAAGAUCCGCGUAUUCAACGAGGUGGACAGGACCGUGAAGUACGCUCAGAUGCUGGAGAAGGCCGGCUGUCAGUUGCUGACGGUUCACGGUCGGACCAAAGACCAGAAAGGAACCGUGACGGGCAUUGCCAGCUGGGAGCACAUCAAAGCUGUCAGGGACGCAGUGAGCAUCCCGGUGUUCGCCAACGGCAACAUCCAGCACCUGAGUGACGUGGAGCGCUGCAUCGCGGAGACGGGCGUGCAGGGGGUCAUGAGCGCAGAGGGGAACCUCCAUAACCCGGCUCUGUUUGCGGGCCGUAGCCCCCCCGUAUGGGAGAUGGCUGAGCAGUAUCUGGAGGUGGUCCAGCGCCACCCCCCCUGCACCCUGUCCUACGUCCGAGCUCACCUCUUCAAGAUGUGGCACCACACGCUGCAGAUUCACCAGGACCUGAGGGAGGACCUAGCCAAGGUGAAGAAUCUUGAGGCCCUGUCUGGGGUCAGCAGGCAGCUCAAGCAACGCUGCCAGGAGGAGAUCGCCAGAGGAGAGGAGGCGGGACAACAGGGAGGGCUGCCCUUCCCCCAUUGGAUCUGCCAGCCGUACGUCAGGCCACCGCCAAAGGAGGCGGUCGCCAACGGUAACGGCGCGGAGGUGAAGGCGACGUGUCACAAGAGGGCACUGGAGGACUCGGACGGGGGCACGGACGCCGACGCGCUCUCCAAGAACAAGCUGAAGAAGAAGGCGCGCAACCCCCACAAGAACUUCUGUCCCGAGCACAAACCAAAGUAUAUCAAGUGCGAGCAGUGUGGCAACCCAAAGGGUAACAAGUGUGUGUUCAACCUGUGUCGCGCAUGCUGUAAGAAGAAGGCCUAUAAGGAGGUGGCGGACUGCCCUAGUCACGGGCUGAGGUUUAAAACGAAGGCAGAGAAACAGAAGGCAGGGGAGGAGGAGGAGGGGAGAACGGGACUGAAGAACGGGAAACCGGGCUCCACCUCAGACCCUCCAGAACAAUCCAGAGGACUGAAGGAGAUUCACACUACGACAAACUGACAGUCAAACGGAUGUGUGUCCCUCACACAGAAACGCUUCAUUACUCUACAGGAGCCUUUCUCAAUCCGGGUCCUCGUGCCCCCCUGCCCUGCAUGUUCUAGAUGUUUCCCUGUUCCAACACACCUGAUUCCAAUGAAUGGUUGCUAUCAAGCUGUGCAGAAGCCUGGUAAAGACCCAGUCAUUUGAUUCAGGUGUGUUGGAGCAGGGAUUCAUUCGGAAUCAUCUUUGCUGGAUUGGAUGACUGUCCGCUGUUUGUGUUGAUGUGACUUUCCCAACAUGGAGAACGGUGGGGAUGAAAAGCAAUCUUUUAUAUCAUCAAGUUGCGCUCGUGGUCUUAAUGAGUGCGUAGAGGAUGUGUGGAUCUUGGCGUAUUAAUUGGUUAAGGCACUUUAACUUAAAACUUUAGUCCCUAAAACAGAUUCAAAUAUUAUUUCAUAUUUCAAGGCAAUAUUAGAGUAUUUAGAUUAUAAAGAUUAUAAUGAGAAAAUACUAAAUUGUGUCACGUAAGAUUUUAGCGUCAAGAUCUUACUUUCUCAAACAACUUUGUGUUGUCAUCAAACUUAAAGAUGUUAUCUUUCCUUGUUUUUAUUUUCGGUGGGAAAAUAUUCAGACAUACCAGAAUGGGAAACUCCUAAGAGUUCUGCUGUACUAGUUUGUCUUCUCAAGCUCACAUGACAAAUGAGGGAGGAUAGUGUUUUCUUUGUGCUCUUUUUUGGAGCCGUCUAUGGUGGUAGGGAUUUCCUUGCAGUGCAUUGAGGUUGUGCCUUCUGACUAACAUCCUGUUCAGAUACGAGUUAGUUGCCUGUAUAAAUACAGUAGUAGUUACAGGAUAGGUUACAAAGCAGCUUGUGUUAGUGCUGUGCUGUUUCCCCUACUCACAGCAACCUGUUGACAGUAUGGAUCUCAAAAGGUGUGACGAUACUGGAUUGUCUCAGUACAGGAACACAAGAUGGAAGAGCAAGACAUGCAUUCUGGAAGAUUCUCAAUUGUAUGAGAACAUUGUGUGUCUGUACAUUUGUCUUCCUACCAGCAACCCCUUUAAUAAAAUCAGAAGACUGUU